AUGCAAAGUUCUGAGUCCGUGGAAUUGGCCGAUAGUGCUACUUCAAAAUGGAUGAAAAUGAUUUCCUCGACAUUUUUAGGUGAAGGAAAUAAUACUUCGUCUUUUUUUACGCGACGUUCCACUGAAAAUGUAGAAAAAGACAGUACUCGCGUCUCUCAAGAAUCAUUUGGACAUUGGGCGAAACUUCGAGCUGAGAAUGGAUUAAAUCCAAUACCAGCACUUAAACUCGCUCUUGUUGGUGGAUCAGCAGUGGGUAAAACAAGUAUUGUCCGACGGUGGUUAAAUCGUUCCUACUCGACAAUAUAUACGCCCACUAUUGGUGUCGAUAUUAGUACUAUUACGUACACACAUUGUGGACAAGAAGUACUACUUCAUAUAUGGGACGUUUCAAGUGCUGAGGUGGACACUAGUGGAUCUUCAAUUGCUGCUCUUGACAAGUGGCGACAUUGUUUGGCCAAGUAUUUAUCACCCAAAGAAACACCGUGUUUUCUUCUUUCGCACAAGGCGGAUUUACUACAGAAACGGGUCAUGACAAGUGAUGAUAUUGCUGCUUAUGCAAGAGCUGCAGGAUAUAAAGGAUGGAUGUGGACAGUAGGUAAGGCCAAUUUUGGAGAGAAUGAACAAAAUCCAGCUGUUCGAGACGCGUUGGACCGAAUGGUGGAGUUUAUCUGCAGAGAUCGUAUUGCAACGGAGCACAUCCGACUCCGAUGUUUGACAAGACCACAGGGGAUUCUAGAGACGUCUGGGAACCCGGCGCCACUGGAAAUCAUCCAAACUGAUGAUGCAUUACAUCAGUUUUCGACUUCUUUGCUGCGUAUCCCUACAAAAGCUAUUACCACGCUGUCGCGAGACGAGAAUAUGAUACCGCUAAACGAGAGAUUCAAUGCGAACGACGAGGAAGAGAAAAAAGAUGAUAAUGCACAGAUUGCUACUGCAUUGUGUACGGAUAACCGCGCCUCCACGUACGGUGGCAGCUGGAUUCUGGGUACUGACAAAGGCGUCUACCUCCGUGCCACUAACAGUAGUCUUCUUGGUAAUGACGAGACGGAUGAUGAUUCCGAGUCGGUUGAGGAAUUUCAGUUCCCAUUUUCUGGUUCGCGACAAAUUAACGAAGAGGAGGAUGCUGCCGCUGCAGCUGAGUCUCGUAGGCGAGAAAAACUAGAGGAGGUUCUUGAGCGACGGAAAGAAGAAGAAAAAGCUGAAAGAGAUCGACGCAAUGACCAAGAGGCGUGGCAUUUUUUCGCUGGCAGUAUCAGCCGAGGUCAUGCUGAAGCUCUUCUUGACAAUCGAGAGCCAGGCACCUUUUUGCUUCGUCGCAAGGAUGCCCAGACACUGGUUCUGUCUUACCUGGGGCCUGACCAUGUGCACCACGUACUUAUCGAGUUCUCGAACCAGAGGUAUCACAUCGGUUCAUCAAGAGCAUCGCUAGCGACAUCAUUUACCUCGCUUUGGAAAUGCCUACGAAGCGUGCGGCGCUACGCAUACCGCGGACUUGUGUUUACUCGUAACGUGGAUUUUAGUGUGGUUAACAAGCACAAACUGGUGCUCGAGAACGAAAGUGCUCCAUGUGGGAGCACUGAUGCUGCUACGCCUACCGAAGCACCAAUGACGUCAAGUAUUUGGCGCACACGAACACGAAGUGGAUCAAGCAGCUCCCAAGGUGGUCGCAGCAGCAGCAGCAACAGUCGCCAGGCAUCCCCCACCAAAGCACCUCAGAAAGCACGUCGUACACCAGGCUUGCAAGCCGACCAGGAGCAAGUGAAAAUUCCACCACAGACCCGUAUCGACGAGUUAAGCGGCGAAUUCUAUGAUCACUUGGCCGAGCGAUUGACGUACUUAGCUGAGCAGCAGAAGAUAAGCACGCCUGAAGGAGAUGGAGAUGACAACAUCAGUUUGUGCGAGGACAUUGAUCCUCUUUUGAGAAUGGCGGCACAGGAAAAGAGUGAGCUGCAGCAGGUGCGUAGCAGCAACGCUGAGAAUCAAUGGCGCCAGCUCGUGAAGAAUAUGGAGGCCUGGAACCGCAUCGUUAUGAACCUGGAGCUCAGCACGCUACAAGUAGCGUAG